GGAUCAUGCACAAUUCUUAUGGGAGGGGCCUAAGGAAUCGCAGCAUUCUACAUCAAUCGACCAAACUUCGGAUCGUCGUCCUUCGAACUUUUGUCUGUACAAAUUCUAUAAUAUUUUAACUGACUCGCCAUAUCCGUACUUGCAAUGUCUAGUACGUCGCCUGCUGCAGUCGUCGGCUGCCUCCUCGACGUGUCCGAUUCGAUGCGCGAGGCCCUCGAGGCCGGCCGUUCCGAUGAGCGGGCAAUUGAACGCCUCCGUGCCGUGCUUCGCGCAGCCUUGAAGCUCGCUCAGGCAGAGCAGCGGCAUGAUCCCAACGCCCUCGUCUUCGUGGGCGUUUUUGGGUUGGAUACAAACAAUGGGUGCCCCCCCGUAGCGGAUCUUUGCGGAGCCGCCGAUGCGCUCCUUCGGAACCCCGGCAAUCACGGGUCAGGCCAUGAUCUUCUCAUAAAGCGGGCCAGCGAGGAAAACGUGUCACACAUCACGAAGUAUAUUCGAGAGAAGCUUACUGACGACGAGGCGCGUAUCGUCGACGCGCACCUGGGGCGACAUCCGGAGCGGGUCAAGGAAUUCGUCGACGCGAUCCCGCCUGAGCAGACGGUAGAGAACGCAAAAACAGCGAGUCGAGGGUUCGGGGUUAUCACAGGCGCAGCCGUUGGCGCGGCUCUUGCCGCUGGUGUGGCUACCGGUGGAGCAGGCCCUGUACUCCUGGGUGCUGCCAGUGCUGCCAGUGCUAUCGGUGGUGGGGCUGUCGGGAACAAAGUCGCGGACAAGAUUGAAGACAACGCGGUCGAGAGGUCGGAAGCGAUGCAUCUUGCGCGCCGCAUCUGCGCGGAAUGGUUGCAAGACUUCACCACGCUUGUACCGCGACCAGUUGACGACGUCAUUCGUUUGCUGAAGCAACUGCAGAAGCGCUCGGAAGUGGACGAAAGCAGCAAGAAUGGGAACACGGGUGAUUCCACUUUGCUCGACACACUUCGCCGGUAUAUGUAUGGUUGCACGCCGAUGCGAGACGCGUUGAGCCGGUCGUUGAUGGUAUUUAAUGAGCAUCUCGGCGCCGAACACCGCGUCCUCGUUCUUGUGUCGGACGGCCUCUCCACCGACGGCGAUCCGUUACCGCUUGCGCUCGACCUGCAGCAGGCAAAAGUGAGCAUAGCGACAGUUUACCUCGCCAGCAAUAAAACAGAAGCUCCUCGCCGCUUGUACUACCAACCGGCUGACAGUUGGGAUCCCGGCCAACGUAUUCUCUUUGGCAUGGCGGCUAGAGUGGCCGGCGUUACGCAUCCGAUCCCGGUACUCACCUCUGUGGGUUGGGAAGUUCCCUCAGCUGGCGAGGUCGCGUUACAUGCCACAGUGUCCAGCUCCGCAGCCCUCGAUGAGUUCUGCUCGCUGCUACUGUCGGCACGUUUUGGUUCCGCAGACGCAUUGCUAGACGUCAUUGGCCGCAUCAGUCACGACUCAUAUAUCAAUGAUGAACACAUCCUCAGAUGCAAAGAUCCCUCUGACCAGGGUCAGUCAGCCACCUGCUACGCACAUGCCACCGCCGCCGUAGUCCAUAUGGCACUCCUUCGCAUCGUCGGUCGUGAAGAUGGCUACCCCAGCAUCGAAGAAGUCCGGAAACGGAUUGAAGACGAGUUCCCGUCUAAGCCAGGCGGACGCAGCACCGUGGAGGUAUUGACGGCAGCUACUACCUGGUACCCGCCCCUCCGAUUCCGCAUGGUAGACGAGGAUGGUGCGCGCCAGGCAGUGCUACGCAGGCGUCCGGUGCUUACAACGUUUCAUCUCUCAAAGUCCGGCUGGGAUGUGUUCGCCGAGCACUUCAGGGAGCGAUCCUCUCCUCCUGAAGAGCCAUUACCUGCACUCAGACGUGCUCAGAUGGCAGCGCACCGCUCACUGCACAGCGACGGUGGCCACGCUGUCGUGUUGACUACUUGCAAUCCUGACUCGCUCACUUUCCUCAACUCGUGGGGUAACAAGUGGGGCAACAAGGGCAGCUUCAGCGUCGAGGACCAUACCGUAUUGGAGCUAGAUGGCACAUCCGGGAAGUAUCCGGUGAACUUCUACGACGUGUACUGGUUGGAGAGCGAGUUGACCGUGACGGAGCGCCAAGCAUACAACGCUAAAGUGGAUGAGGAAUUGCGCUGCCGCGCCGCCCAGUAUCCGAGCAUCCUUGAGCUCGAGGCGCGCUGUCCCCACUGCCACGACAACGUACCUCUCGCCAAUUUCAGGGGCAGCAUCCGCCAAGUGCAGUGCCCGCAGUGUAAUCAGUACUCCACGCCCCAGCCGGGGCAUUUGAUGAAGGCACUAUACGCUCGCGAAGGCAUCAGCGAUGUUUAGUGACUUUUGCUGCUUACCGUGCUUGGCUUCCUCGGGGCUUGGAUCGAUACCACCUUUCGCACCUGGGUCGUCAAUGCCUUUUGCCCCCAGAUAUAAUUGGCCACUGCCUUAAAUUCAGGCUGUCACCAGGUUGC